UCAUGAACAAUUUAAAAUUUAAUAAAGAAUAUCUAUUUUAUGUUAAGAUAAACGGCAAAGAAUUUAAUUUAACACCAGCGAAAAACUUGUGAUCUUCGUAUCAUAAUAAACUAACCACUUAUCGGCCAUUUCAUAUAUACGACUUGUACAGAAAGAUCUCGGGCAGGGACUAAUUUGAACUAUGAGCCCAGUCAGAUUUAUUAAUUUGAAGGUUCUGAUAUUGCCUUGUCGCUGCUAUUAUUUCUUGUUAGUGAGUCAUUUGGGGUAUUUACACGAAACUAAUGAUUUGGGUAGCUUUUUAUUUAUUUGUGACCAGGGUUAAAAAUUUGAAAAUGAAGCAUUGAUAGUUGGCUCCAAACAAGUAAGAAACUUUGGAUAGAUUUUGUGAAAAAUCUAAAGUUAAAACGUGUGACUGACAGUUAAUUGAGCAUUUUUGAAAAUGCCAUUGGCAUUGGUGUUAGUGAUAUUUUUUAAAAGGAAUCGGGCGAACUGAACCUUAACGAAGAUGGUGGUAACAGUCCAAUUGGGAGCAUAUAUUGCAAGUGCGCGAUGACGUUGUCCUACCAUUAACUUUCUGACUGACCCUCACAUAAACGUGCAUGCGACAUUUAAAUGGGACAUACGCAUUGACACACAGACGAACUUAAAUACUAUGGUAUGAGUAAUGGAGCAGUUUCUAAAAGCAAGUAACAAAACAAGUCAACUUUUGGCGGGAAAUGUUGCCGCAGACGGUUCUUUAAAGGACGAUGAUGUGCGCAAUGACCUAUGUUCUCAGUAUAAGUUGACCACGUUGUUGGCCAUAAGUGGAUACACAAUGGAGGCCCAUAUCCUUCUUGACAGGAUUAAGAAGAACUUUAUGCAGGCGAAUGGAGAUUUUAUUUCGUACCCUGAGAAAAAUGAGAUAGGAAGAAAAAGUUCAUCAUUCCCAAUGACACACUUUUGGUCGUAUAUGAAUGCAUGGAUAGCAAUGGGCGCCCAGAGAUUAGGAAGAUUCGAUAUAUCGUUUCCAGCUUUCGAAUUCUGCAAGACUUUCUUUAACCCAGAUUACAAUUUAGCCUGUGUCACAGAGGCGUUUGAUGAAGCAAAUGGUGACUCAACUAUGGACACACUGUCUACUGCUCACUUUGGACUUCUUUCCCUCUACAUGGGCGAUUUGGAAAAAGCAAAGUUAUGCGGAGAAGGCCUACUCAAUCUAAAGGCUGUGCAACCAAACCUUGAAAACGAACUUCUUUUACGAAUGUCAGUAAAGACCGGUGCUCUUAUUGCAAACCCUCCAAAAAAUAUGGAACCUUUCUUUGUCGUAAAAAGGGAUUCACCAAAUCAGUUAUAUUUUUUCCUUGGUUAUCAUGGAAUUUUUAUGACAAAACUGUACCAAGUUACAAAGGAUCAGAUAUUUCUAGAUAGUGCAAAGGCGAUGAUUAAUUUUGCUUUAGCUUGCCACGAGAGUAUAUAUACAUUCAGUUUCAGCCACAAGGUAGCGUACGCUUCAGCUCUUCUGGCAGUGGAGACGAAGGAGGAAAAGUAUUGCACGUUAGCUUUAAAGAUUGGAGAGUAUUUAAUCUCUAUGAUAAGUGAGGACGGAUAUUUCUGUAAAGAGAUGGAGCCAAUUGAUAAGUAUGAUCAAUCAACAGAAAUAGCUAUUUGGUUACGAGAAAUUAACAAUGAAUUGCAGAAAAACUAACUGUGAUUUUUUCCUAUAACGACAUUUUUAUCUUCUUGAAAGAAGGGUAAGCGUCAAUAAAGCAGGCAAUUUGUAAUCGUUUUUUUGAGGACAUAAUACAAAAUUGUUGAUGACUUGUUUUAUACAGACAAUAAUACAUGUAUACGACUUG